CCUUUUCCCCCGCCACGCCCACCACAUCCACAACGCGGUAGAGCCGAAAACAGCUUUUUCUUGUUGUGUGAUUCCCCAGCAGGCGUACAACAUAGCGACGCACUCCAAUCACAAACAGCUGGCUGUGUGGCGGUGCUGCUGCUGGGUGUGGCAGACAACAGAGAGAGACAGACCAUCGAUCGAUCGAUCGAUAGGUAGAGGGAGACCAAGGGGAUACCGGUGCGUACCGUUCCUUGUCUUUUUCAUCUUUUGGUGUUGCUGCUGCUGUGUGAGUGCUAGUCUCCCCCCCCAAAAAAAUAAAUAGGCUCCCGUCCGUUCUCAUUCUCCCUUUCGCCCCCGCUGCGGGAAACGCGCGCAUCGCACACACACACACACAGCAGAGAGAGAGAGAGAGAGAGAGAGAGAGAGAGAGAGAUAGAGAGAGAGAGAGAGAGAGAGAGAGAGAGAGAGAGAGAGAGAGCGAGAGCGGGCAGCAAUUAAGAUGGUCGGGAUGCGCUUCCCCGCUCCGCUGCUGCUGCUGUUGGGGUGGUGUUUGGGAGGCAUGAUGGCGGCAACUACGUCUAGCAGUGCCGUGCCGGGCGCUGCAGCCACGUCGUCGUUCGGGACCUCUUCGCCGGCGGAGAUUGGUUCCUCGGCGUCGUCGUCUGCAUCGGUUUCCCUCGCUGACGAGCUGGCGCCGGUGACGAACAUGGACGCGGGCUCCUUCCACGUGGUGGUGAUAAUCAGGGAUAGCACGGUGAACGUGGUGAAGGACUGGGGGGCGAAUGGCAAAGGCCAGCUGGGCCUCAAUGACACCAAGGACAGGGGGGACAACAACGGCGACGUCGGGAACCUCCUCCCCGAGGUCGUCCUCGGCACGGACCUUCAGGCGGUCCACGUUACCGCCGGUCUUCGGCACACGGCCGCCAUCAUGAACGACGAGACUGUCAGGGGCUGGGGCUACAACCGCAAGGGGCAGCUCGGCGUGGGCACGCUGUGGGACGUUGGUGACGAGGCGGAAGAGAUGGGCGACUUCAUGGCGGUGACGGAGCUCGGGGAUGUGACUCCGGUGGCCAUCUCCGCCGGGGGCUGGCACACGUGUGUCAUUGUCGUCGGCGACCUUGUCAAGUGCUGGGGCUAUAACCAGUGGGGUGAGCUCGGCUUGGAAGACAAAGAUGACCGUGGAGAUGAUCCGGAUGAGAUGGGCGACAACUUGGACUUUGUCGAUCUCGGAUCGAACGCUCGAGUUUUUUCUCUGGCGCUCGGCGACUGGCACUCGUGUGCUCUUCUUGACGGGGGCGACGUGAAGUGCUUCGGGAAGAACUACGCGGGACAACUGGGUUACGGCGACACGGAAAACCGUGGAGAUGAUCCGGGAGAGAUGGGUGACGACUUGGACACGGUAAACCUUAACGGCAAGAAGGCGACAGCCAUUGCCGCUGGCGAAGAGCACACGUGCGCUAUCCUAGAGGAUGGCGAUCUGAUUUGCUGGGGCUUGGGGUCGUCCGGACAGCUCGGGCAGGGGAACGCCAUGAACGUCGGCGAUGGCGAAGGAGAAGACGUGUCUUCCCUGGACCCCAUCGAUCUCGGCACCGGCCGCACGGCCAUCGAGGUAACAGCGGGAGGAAACCACACCUGCGCCCUCCUCGACAACUACGACGUCAAGUGCUGGGGCGAAAACGACUACGGGGAGCUCGGCCAGGAGGACACUCAGCCGAGGGGGCUGGCCCCCAACCAGAUGGGGGACAACCUGGAAGCGAUCUCGCUGCCCACCGGCUGGACGCUGCACUCUCUGUCCGCGGGCUACUACCACACGUGUGCGCUUGGGUCGGAGAUCGGCUCAGUGGACAGCGUCGUGUGCUGGGGGGCCAACUUCAACGGACAGAUCGGCCUCGGCAUCAGCGAGACCGAGCACAUCGGGGACGAGGAGGGGGAGAUGGGCGAGAACCUCCAAAUGGCCAACCUUGGAGGCGAGUUUGUGGCAGAGCCGGGGGACGAGUGGUACGAGCAGCAGUGGUUCUACAUCGCGUGCGGAUGCGUGGGCGCCGUGCUCCUUUGCUGCCUCUUCGUGCUUUGCCGGCAGGCGCAUGGCGACUCCAGUGGGAGGGGUCCCGUCAAGACUCGCGCUGUCGCAAAACCCCGCACCGGAGAGACCCCGGCAAACGGAAGAUCCCCAGUCCCCGGCUACAAGAAGUCCCCGGUGCCCCCGGGCUACAAGAAAUCCCCGCUGCCGGGCAGCGAGGAGACGCCGAACGGAUCCGCGGGAAGCGGCCCGAACUCCCACGCCACCGCGCCCCCCGCCACCGUCCCCGCCGCUGCUGCUGCUGUCGGGGCCAAGACAAGGACGAAGGCGUCCCCGCCGCCGAACAACGCGGCGAAGUCUGGCAAGCCUGGGAAGGCCGGGAGAUCUGGGGGCAUGAUCGGGCCGAACCCGAGCUCGACGCCCGCCGCGUUCGGGGGUGAGCAGGCAUAGUGGAUGCUUUGUGGAAAAACGUUUUUUUUUUUUCCGGCUGGACAACGGUUUUUCCGGCGUGGUUUUAUGUACGUGGCUCGAUGGAAAGUUGAGGCUGGGGGGGGGGGGGGGGGGGGGGGGGGGGGGGGGGGGGGGGGGGGGGGGGGGGGGGGGGGGGGGGGGGGGGGGGGGGGGGGGGGGGGGGGGGGGGGGGGGGGGGGGGGGGGGGGGGGGGGGGGGGGGGGGGGGGGGGGGGGGGGGGGGGGGGGGGGGGGGGGGGGGGGGGGGGGGGGGGGGGGGGGGGGGGGGGGGGGGGGGGGGGGGGGGGGGGGGGGGGGGGGGGGGGGGGGGGGGGGGGGGGGGGGGGGGGGGGGGGGGGGGGGGGGGGGGGGGGGGGGGGGGGGGGGGGGGGGGGGGGGGGGGGGGGGGGGGGGGGGGGGGGGGGGGGGGGGGGGGGGGGGGGGGGGGGGGGGGGGGGGGGGGGGGGGGGGGGGGGGGGGGGGGGGGGGGGGGGGGGGGGGGGGGGGGGGGGGGGGGGGGGGGGGGGGGGGGGGGGGGGGGGGGGGGGGGGGGGGGGGGGGGGGGGGGGGGGGGGGGGGGGGGGGGGGGGGGGGGGGGGGGGGGGGGGGGGGGGGGGGGGGGGGGGGGGGGGGGGGGGGGGGCUGCGGAGGGGAAACGGGAGGAGGGGUAUGUAUCUUGAUAUGGUCUCGUCGUGGGUGUAAGGAAGCGAGAGUUCCGGCUUCCACCGGUCGACCACCGGAAUGCUUCCAUCCCGGGACGGGGCUGAACGGGAAGGGACGUAACCGGGUAGAGAAUCGAGAAGGCCACGCAUCGGCGUACACGUGCAUCAGUGUAUGCAUGGCACGUUUUUUCUUAUUUUUCUCGCGUGGAGAACGUACGAUAGUAUCCCAGCAGUACACAUGAUGAUCCCGUUCGUUUUGCCCCUCAAGCAGGGUUCAUUUAUUUCGCACUUUUCUUUUUGUCAUAGUCUUCGUUUGGUUGUUUUAGGAGUGGAUAUACAAUAGUAGUGGACGAUAGGGAGAGUAUUGUGUAUGCCGAGGGUGCUCGGGGGGUACGUGGUGUUGUUUUUUUUGUACGGGGGUGGAAGGGGGGGGGGGUUGGGCCUCUUGUACAUAAGAAGCCUGGUGUUUUUGAUGCUCCUCCCAUGUUCCCCGGAAGGUUAAUGGGCGAUGGUGUCAAUCCUGGGGCAUGGCACUGCUUUGUUCCCGUACAAAUCCUUCGCACGAGAGUAGUUCCUUCGUGCUGCAAUUUCCGAGGGGUUGUAGCCCGGGCUGUUUGACCAUGUAUAUUUGUUUUGUGUGAGAUAUGAACAGGAACGUACGAAGCGAACGCCAACGACAUUCUCGGAGACUGUUCUCCUUUGGUCUCGUAAGCAGGCAGACUGUAUGUACAUCAUAGAUAGGGUUUGGGGCUUAUGGACCACACCGCACGCUAAGCGGCGCGGCGGCGGCGGCGGCGGCGGCGGCUAUGAGGGGCACCACCGCCAUGACGCGGGAAACGUUUACGGUGCGAUCGUAGUACGAAUAGGACCAUCACCAGCGAGAGUAUUUUAGCCAAGGGCAGCCGCGAGUUUACCGACGUGUGGUUUGAGGUGGUAUCGAAGGAGAGGUAUUUAGUCCAAGGUAGUAGGACGACGGCUUCUCGGUGCAAAAGCUAGGCUGUCUAUACUGUCGCGCUGCUGAUGCGCGAGGGGAAGAAAUCUAUGUAGUUUUGUUUUUUUUUCAAGUGCUCGCUGUUUGUGAGGACGUGUUUCACCUUGGAGACGUUGCACACGUCUCUUGCUGGAUUUCUUGGCAUGGCCGGUCUAGUCACACUCAUGGGUAGCGCCCCGCAUUUUUUUUUUGUUUUACUCGAGCUUUUUUUCAUGCGUGCUUAUUUAGUAUUAGCAGCUGCCAACCGAGCUGCACUGCAGGACAGUGGUGGUGUGUUGCCCGCCUUUUUUUGAGAGCAACAACAGUGUGUCCCACGAGGAGUAAGACAACCAGCGGAGAUCAUGCCUUUCGGUGUCGAGGAGAUGGGUUUGGGCCCACGGAGGGGAGGGCUAGGUUUCCUCCUUUAUCGUCCAUGUGGCACAAAGGAGGGUGCUAUUUUUUCUGAGGAUGAAGAUGACAUUCGGACGGGAUUUUCAAAAGGGAUGGUGCUGGUGGCGGUCUCAGUACUUGGUCGUUGGUUAGAUGCUCUUUCCGGUGGGCUUCGAUCGUGCACUUCGCGCGCGCCCCAGGGGAGGGAUAGGGGGAACGAGAGAUACAUGUGUUGAUCGGUCCAACGCGUGAGGGAAUCAUUCGCCUGUUUGUUGUGUUGCCGCUCUUACCGUAUUCUCUUCAGACCGGUUUUGGGUGUGCGCCCCCUGUGUAUUAUGCUUAUUUGGCGGUUGCCAGAUCACCCGCCGCCCGUUUUCGCCCGUGCCUCUCUUCUUGUUGUUCCUGCCGCGGUCGUUCGAGUGCGCUUGUUGGGCGGUCUUGGUUGGCGGGGCCUUAUCCCCUCGGCAUGAAGGGCAUUUAGUUGCUUUGACUUGUCGCUUAGCAUUUAAGGUCGGAGACAGGAGCUGCAUGGUAAUUUAAGUGCAACGAGGGAAGGAGCAGUUUGGUCUCCAGCGCAUGAGCGUGCGCCAAACCCUUGCGUCACUUUUCCUUUCCGUGCGGUUCAUUUUUUCGGCAUAGACUUUUAGUGUGUACUUCUAGGUCAUUCCGCAGUAUGUAUGGGGCGCACACAAGACCAAUCGCGUCCUGUUUCUGUCCAAAAGGGGAGGGGCCAUGGCGGCGUGGGGGGGUACUCUUAUGUGUUGGGGGGUACAUGAUACUAUGUAGGUGGGUGACCUUCGAUGCAAAGAUUUAGCCCUUGCCAGGGAAGAGUGUAUUGUCUGAUGGUUUUGUACGGACGCUCGCUUGCUGCUGGCGUUCGCGGUGUCCUUGCUGCCGUGUGCUGGUGCUGGAGUUUUACGGUGUCAGGGGUAGCAUGACGUUGGGGUUCGAACACACAUUUACGAGCCGGUCGGCGUGUGAGGCGCGCUGGCACACCAAGGUCAGAAUGUAGCGGAUGGAUGUAGAGACGACGAGCGGUCGGCACGAUGCAGGGGUUUAAUCCGCGAAUUCUUUCUGGCCGUGCGCUUCCUUUCACGUUGGUAGUUGCUGAAAUGCAGAGCGGUUAAGAACUAACACGUGAACAACAUAGAUUGGCGGCUUUGGCUUCCAUAAGUUUUCCCCGGGCCUGCCCGCUGUAGCUUGUGCUGUUGUCGCCGCGCCUGGCGAUAUAGCGAGCACGCCAUCACGUGGUCGGUCAAAUGUUGACCCUUUUUUUCGUUUGAUUCGAUUUCGAGCACAUGGUUUCCUGUUGUGGUGUCGUUGUCGAGGAAAUUUGGACCCAUUUAUGUCCUCUGUUUCCGUUUUGUGGAAGUUGAUGGCUCAAGCAGUCGAGGAUGGAUUUGUACCUGUCUGUCGUGGGUCGUUAGAGGGUAGGGUGGGCGAGAAAGAAGGCAAUCUAAUUGUAGCGCGCGUCGGUAUAAUAUUGGUGUUCGCCUCGUUUUUGUCGCACGUCUGAAUGCUGCAUGAAGCAUUAUCGAACGAGUAGAUUCGUCUCCUCUGACUGAUCGACCAAACCAGAUACUACAAAACCAAGCUUUGACAAGUGGAAUAUGUAAAAAAAUGAUGACGAGAUUGC